AUGGCUAAAUCAAUCAGUCUCAUCGGCCUCGGCGCCAUGGGCGCAGCACUUGCCUCGCAAUACAUCACACACAAUUAUCAAACCACGGUAUGGAACCGCACCGUAACAAAGGCAACACCAUUGGUACAGAAAGGCGCCCGACUCGCGUCUAGCGUAUCCGAAGCGAUCCUCGCCACGAACCUGAUCGCCAUAUGUCUUCUUGACAAAUCCGCCGUGCAAGAAACCCUCUCCCCGGUAUUAUCAUCUUCGCCAUCGUCACUGGCUGGUAAAACCAUCAUCGAUGUCACCAGCUGCACACCAAAUGAAGCGCGCGAAUUAUCCGCCCUAAUUAUCCCCUCCGGCGCACGAUACAUUCAUGGUGGAAUCAUGGCCGUCCCAGAUAUGAUAGGCUCCGCGUAUUCAACUCUGCUCUGCAGCGGGGGCGAAUCAGAGGACACCUUCACUGCUAUCCGGGGGGAUUUAUCUCUUAUCGGAACACCUCGGUAUCUCGGGACGGAUGCCGGGAGGGCCUCAUUGUAUGAUCUGGCGCUUCUGUCGGGGUUAUAUGGACUUUGCUGUCUGAAGGGGGGGACAUCUAUAACUGGGUUCUUGGAGCUGCUGAAACCGUGGCUUACGGUUAUGAUGGGGUAUUUGGAUGUCAUGGCUAAACAGAUUGAUGAGGGGGAGUAUGCGACUCAGGGGGCGAAUUUGGGGAUGCAGAUGGCGCUUACGCAAAGUAUCUUGAAGGUCGGAGAGGAACAGGGCGUUUCGUCUGAUUUGGUUCUUCCGCUUCGAAGGUUGGUAGAGAGGGCAGUGGCUGAUGGUCGGGGUGGAGAGGAUCUGGCGGCGAUCAAUGAGUAUCUGAAAAGAUAG